UGUCCCCGUGACGUAGAGACGCGAUCACACAGUCCAGAGUCACAUGAAACGUUUCACAGCAAAUAUUUCUAUGUAGCGUUUCGUGUCUUUUCCCAGUGAAAACAAUUACGUUUAGAACUGAAACUGCUCUAUAUGCUGCAGGAAGUUUAAAAAUCCAAGAUGGACGAAGACGGACUGCCGAUUGUCGGGUCUGGAGUUGAUCUUACCAAGGUCCCUGCUAUUCAACAGAGAAGAGUCGUCGCCUAUCUCAAUCAGUUUGUUGUGCACACAGUGAGGUUCCUCAACCGUUUUUCUACGGUUUGUGAAGAGAAACUUUCAAACAUAUCCCUCCGCAUACAGCAGAUUGAAACAACACUUUGCAUUUUGGAAGCCAAGCUGUCCUCCAUUCCUGGGCUGGAAGACGUCACAGUUGAUGGACUCAGUCAGCGGAAACCUGCUCAGGCCAAUGGAACUGCAAGUGCCCAUCAGAACCAAACAGACGGUCCUCCAGCGGAGCCCUUGCCUCCUCCAGGGCCAGCUCAGACGGCACCAGAGCCUGCAACGACACAAAAAGCAGAAGCGCCUGCAGACAAUGUCAUGACGGUGGCCAAAGACCCGCGAUAUGCUCGAUACCUGAAAAUGGUGCAAGUGGGAGUUCCUGUUAUGGCGAUAAGGAAUAAAAUGGUCCUGGAGGGUUUGGAUCCCAACUUGCUCGACCAACCGGACGCCCCCGUGCCCGAUGGAGCGGCGAUGAGCGCAGAGGAUCAAGAUGUUGCUGCCACCAGCUCUGACAGCGAAUCCUCUUUCAGUGAUUGAUAUCUGUCCUCCACCUCCAUCAUCGCAAAGCUUCCUGUAAAGGCCGUCCAUCUCCAUCGCUAUUCUGUAGGCCUGAUAGAGAAGUAGGCUGUGGUGCGUCUGUAAAGGGGCACCAGUGAGAAGAUGCAAAUGUAAGUGCCUGAGAAAGGAGAAUUCCACCAGAGUGAUUGUCAUUUCAGUGUAAAGGAGCUGAAAGAGUUUUACUUUCGCCUCCUCAAUUUUGAUACAUUUAGCAUUUUUUGACGAAUGAUUCUCCGUGUUAUGGAAUAAUUAUGUUGUGUAGAAAUGAUUGAUCUCACUGGCUGGUUGUCAGGCUAAUGCCUUUAAGAAAUACACUGAUCAGUCAGACGUCAUGCCUUUGUUACAGGGUCUGUGUAAAAUACAAAUAGAUGUUGGAUACUUUGAAUGUUUGGCACAUACGUUGCAACUCUGCGUGUUUUGGCCAGGGAGAGAAAUAUCACGUCAGUCUUUCAGCAUCGAAUGUCAGAUGUCAUUCGAUAAAAUAACAUGGAAUAUGAACAGGAGUGUUUUGAUAUUGUUGAGCUUUUUAACAGGGUGCUUAAAGGUGCAAUGUGUAAGAAUGUGAAGAAACAAUGAUAUUAACAUUACGUCAAAGACAUUUAUAGUUGUGUUGCAGAGAUGUCCAAUGAAGCUAGCAUGCUAACCAGCUAGCCAUGGCCUGUCCUGUCUCGUAAUACCAGUCUGUGCCCCAGAAGGUGAUUGACAUGAGGUUGCAGUCUCUACUACAUCUAUGUAGCCAAAAAUGUCUAGAGCAAAGGCUACAGUAAGCAGCAGUUGGCAUUACUGCAGCCACCUAUAUAUAUUUUUUUUUAGAGCAACCUUUAACGGGUGGCCAUUUCUUACACAUUGCCCCUUUAAUAUUUCCUGUUUUAUCUUAAUUCUGGAGCAUCCAAAACUGUGGUUUGAAUAUGUUAUUAGUUGGAGUCUUAUUACAGAAUAUUAUGAAGUCUUGCUUUUCCACAGUUUUAACUUAACUUGUUAUCCUUGGAGGAACAAAAACUACAGUACAUUCAGUGAAAUGCCUCUUCUGCUUUCUGUUUUUGAUUUUUAGACAAAAUCCCAGCAAAUUUGGAAGGUGUUAAGACUCAUUUCAUCUCAUUGUUCAUAUAUAAGGUUAUUUGGAUCAGUUAUUCGGGUCAAAAAACAUGUUUUCAGAAAACUUCAUGUCGCUGAUGAACGACUGUGAUAUACUGCCUGGCUCUGCUUUUGCUUACAUUUUUCCAUCGAUAAAUCCUUAAUUUUCUGAUUUUUUUUUAAAUUCCUGAAAAUUGCACAAGAGCUACUGCUGGAAUGAGGAGUAAACAAACUUGCACUAAGAGAGAAAAAUCAGAUGAUGAACGCCACUUGUCAGAAAAAUGUAAACAACAGGGUUUUUUGUUGUGUGUGUGAGAUUAUGUUAGUUUUCAUUAGGCUCCUUAUCAUUACAGCAGUGUGACUUGUGACUAAACUAGAAACUAGCUAAGUCAGAAUGCUUUAGCAUGAAUGAAAUAUUGUAGUCAUGAGAUUGAUAUUGAAUGGAUAACACACUAUAAUGACUGUGAAAGAUGAGUGUGGAGAAGUCCCGACAGCACUUUGUUUACUAAAGAAUGAAGUUUUGGGUCUGAAAUAAACACUCAAACAGUUUGCUUUAUAAAAAAAA